AAAUCGUUAGUGACUAACCGCGUUGGUCUGGAGCUAAGACCAGCCAACAUAGGUAAACCAUAAAAAGAAGUUCCGUCCAUCUAAAAAAACAAAGUACCACGCCUUUACCUUUAGAAGAAAAGGUUGACGGAACCAACGCGCUCCUAGGCUCCUAGCAGGUAGGAAAGCCAUAAAGAAAAAAAAGAAAAGAAUAAACAGUAGGUAGGAAAGGUUCUUGCAACAAAAGUAUGUGUAGCCUACGCGCUGAUAAGCCCCAGAGCCUUUGUUUUGUGUAGCCUACGCGCAUCUCCAUGUCAGAUCUGAGAUGCAGCCUGCUGGCUGCUGGAUAAGAAGAGCUACAAAACGUGUUGAGGGACAACCUGCCAUACCCAUAAGCAUACUCCAUCUUGCUACAAACUCUCCUGUUCUUGGUAGCUAGACACUGAAAACGCCUAAGAUAGCUUGCUUCUUCGUCUCAUGCUAGCAGCUGACCGAUCGAAGAGCCCCAGCCCAAGCUAGACUGUGUGCUGAUUGCUGUUGAGUAUAGACGAAAGGUCCAGAUCAGUGCUCUGAGCUAGUGCUUUGCUGGUUGGGGACCCAGAUCGAUGGGCCUCUCCCACUUCGGUGUGGCCGUCUCUUUGCUCGUGCUCGCGGUGGCGGGUUUCGGUGUCGCAAAGGAGGGGAAGGGGGACCUGACCCUUCCAUCCAAAGCCUCUCUCGCUGGCUGCCGGAAGCGCUGCGGCAACCUGACUUUCGACUACCCCUUCGGUGUCGGGCCGGGCUGCUCCCGUGGCGGCGACUUCGAGCUCAUCUGCCACGAGUCCGCCGAGGAACACAAGCUCUUCUUGCAUGACGGGAUCACCAGGGUCAGUUACAACGUUGAGAUGGCUAGGCAGUCGCUGUGGUCGACAACCUACAUUGACUCAGACAACAAAGAGACCACCGACAUGCGCGGCAACUUCAUGCUCAUCAACUUCAACCGAGUCAUCCCCAUGGAGCCAGGGGUCAGUAACUACAGCAUGAACUGGACAGUUCCCGGGAAAUCUUUCUACUUUGAAGACGUGGACCUGACUAUCUUCGGCUGCGAUUUCACCGCACACUUGGUUGACAAGUCAGGCAAACUCUUGCAUAAGUGCGAGUCUUCCUGCCCCGGCGGAAGGACGCCGACGGAGUCGGAGGCUGCAACAAGCUGCAAUGACGAAGUCGGAGUCGGAUGUUGCAAGCUCAGUAAUUCAAUGUACAACAAUACCGGUACCUUCCAUCUCAGGAUUAUCCGGCAAGGCGAUGGCGGCGAUCCCGGGCAGGGCGAGGGUGCAAGCCCACUGCAGGACACAAUCACUGUGGUGGGUGACAGGUUCCCCCUCUCUUGGAAAAUCAUGGACACCUCGGGAUGCAACCGCAGCAGCCCAAGCUAUGCUUGUGUCGACAUUAACAGCAAGUGCCGCAGCCACAAUGAUCUGUAUGGUGGUUACACAUGUACAUGCAGAGAUGAGUAUGUUGGCGAUCCAUACAUCCUCGAUGGCUGCACAACGGACCAAGAUUACCAUCCCACUCCAAUACGACCUAACUGUCCUCCCAUUCCCAAGUGUGGAGACAUAGAAGUUCCAUUUCCAUUCGGGUUGGAGGAAGGCUGUUCUGCCCGGAAGAUAUUCCAGCUUAACUGCACAUAUGCGUCAUCAUCGUCUAAGCUCCUACUGAACAAGUAUCUCCAGGUGACCAAAAUAGAAGUCAACCAAGGGCUCAUCCAAUGCAAUGAUACUAACAACACAGAACAAUACUACACCACAUUCAACGGCGAUCUGUAUGGCAGUUUGCCUUUCCUUCCUUCAAAGGGAUCUAUCCCACUGCGAUGGGUUGCCGCCAACCUAACUUGUGAAGCGGCACGGAAGAAUAGCUCCUCGUAUGCGUGCAGGAAUGACAAAAGCAUGUGUAAAGAAGAGGAAAUAGAGGGUUCCUUCUAUGGUUACAGAUGCCAAUGCUCUGCUGGCUUUGGAGGAAAUCCAUACAUCGAACAUGGCUGCGAAGAUAUCAAUGAGUGCCUUGAAGGAACAGACAAAUGUAAAGGGCUCUGCCGUAAUACCGUAGGGAGCUACAAUUGUAUAUCAUAUCUUCUACUUGCUGCUAUCGUUGGACUUACCGGCACGGUCGGGAUUCUACUUCUUUUAUUUGCCACGAUACUUGUCAUCCGUAGACAGAAAAGUUAUAUCCGACAGAAGCAGCAAAGAAAGUAUUUCCAAAAAAAUCAUGGCCUUCUCUUACAGCAACUGAUAUCAUCCGAUGAAAAUGCAAGACAUAACACAAAGAUUUUCUCCCAGCAAGAGUUAGAAAAGGCUACAAAUAACUUCGAUCCCGCAUUCAUCCUGGGACGUGGUGGGCAUGGAAUGGUUUAUAAAGGCAUCUUAUCAGACCAACAUGUGGUGGCCAUUAAGAAGUCAAACGUGAUUAAAGAUGGUGAAAUCAAUCAGUUCAUAAAUGAGGUUGCGAUCCUCUCCCAGAUCAACCACCGGAACAUCGUUAAGCUCUUUGGAUGUUGUCUCGAAACAGAGGUACCAUUGUUGGUAUAUGAUUUUGUCCCCAACGGUUCGCUCUAUGAAGUUCUCCAUGAAGACACAAGCAGUGGAUUCUCCCUUUCUUGGUAUGAUUGCCUGAGAAUUGCUGCUGAAGCUGCAGGAGCUCUCAGUUACCUUCAUUCUGCUGCAUCGAUAUCAAUAUUCCAUCGCGAUGUGAAGUCCUCUAACAUACUCUUGGGUAAUAACUACACUGCCAAAGUUUCAGAUUUCGGUGCAUCAAGGUCAGUUCCUGCCAAUCAAACCCAUGUUGUUACAAAUAUUCAAGGAACAUUUGGGUACCUGGAUCCUGAGUACUACCGUAGCGGUCAGCUAAACCAGAAAAGUGAUGUAUAUAGCUUCGGAGUGGUGUUGGUAGAGCUGCUACUCAGAAAGAAGCCCAUCUUCAUCGACGAGUCAGGCCUACAUCAGAACCUGGCGUACUAUUUCCUCGAGCAAUUCAAGGGCAGGCAGAUUAGAGAGAUUAUUUCUCCUCAAGUUCUUGAGGAAACAACCGAGGAAGAGAUCGACGACGUAUGUUCUCUUGUGGAGGCAUGCUUGAGGCUUCGAGGCGACGAGAGGCCAACCAUGAGGGAGGUAGAGGCGACCCUACAGCUCCUGCGGGCAAAGAGGUUAACUGAUGCAGCUAAAGGUCCUUGUCAGCCUCCAUCUGUUGAUUUUGGGGCCAGAGCUAACUUAGCGUCCGAAGAUGGUUAUAGCUACCGCAGCUUAGAGCAGGAGUGUUUGUCGUCCAUUGAUUUGCCGCGUUAGAUGUAUCCAACAACUUUUCAUCGAUUGGUGGUAUUUUAGGUCCUUCCACUUUUUCAUGUUAUUUUGACUUGUAGUAAUCGUACUGUUUCCCCGCCACGCCGGCAGUUAUAUUCGGUUUGGUGGCCUUCUGCCGGUCCUUAGUCAUUACUACUGUUUUCCCCCUCUU